AACCCUCCCACUAAAACCUCCCACCAAACCCUCCCACCAAAAAAACCAAUAAUGCCAGCAGCCCCAAUCCUCGCCCUCCCCUCUUCCACCUCCCCCUCAACAUCCCUAACCCCCAACCUCCUCCCCGCCCGCAUAAACCACAACGGCCCCAUACCAAUAUCUCCCCGGCACUGGACCCCCAACUCGACCAGCGCAUUCCGAGGCCGCAAACUCCUAUCUCAAACCCUCCCCGUCCCAAAAAAUUACACGGGAGUGGUGGUGACGACGACGGGGACAACGAUACCUUCCAAGCAAACCGAAGAAGAGGGAGACGGGGCAGGUGAGGAGGGAGCGGAAAUGAGAGAAAUGGAAGAGAUAGGAAAAUUUGAAGAAAUUGUGGUUUGGGGACAUGAGAUGGUACCGGAUAGGAGGGAAGAUGUUUAUUGUAGGGGUUUGGAGGAGUGGGUGGGGUUGGCGGAGAGUGUA